UCUCCACUCUCUUCCUUCCCUCAUUCCCAACUCUCUGCCCUAAUUUUCCGCUUCUAUUUUCUCUCUUCUCUAUCAAUGGCGCUCCGGAGAUCAAUUUCCCACCGCUUUCUCUCUUCUUCUUCCCCUCUCACUCUCAUCUUCCGCCGCCACUAUCUCUCUCCUCCCCCUGAUUCCGCCGGAAGGUCUGUUUUCCGACGCUUUCUUCAGAGGAGAGCCAUCUACCAUUCACCUUCCGCGCCUCGGAUUCCCGAGAUUUUGUCCAUACCUGUUGGCGAUAGGCUUCGAGAGAAGCUCGGAGCUAGCAACAUUGCCGGAGACCGAAUCCGCCUCGAUGGCCUCAUUCCUCCUUCGUCUAAUUUUGCGAAUGGGCCUUCUGUUUCUGGAUGUGGAAUUUCAAUUGAUGAUGCUAGAAAGAUCAUAAGGCUGUCGCAGGCCGAGAAGAUUAAGGCCAAAUUGAGAGAUAUUCCGAAGCCUUCGAUCUCUUACUCGGACUUUACUCGGAUCUGUGUUGAAGAUUGUGGGAAUAACGAGGAACAAGGUGCGGAAUUCGCUAAGUUGUUGGAUGAAUCUGGAAGCGUCAUCGUUCUUGGGAAUAUUGUGUUCCUCCGCCCCGAUCAGGUAGCAAAAUCAAUGGAGACGAUGAUAUCUGGAGCAAUAGCAACACCAAACGACCCAAGACUGAAAGAACUAGAAGAAAUGGAGAAGCAAAAGGCUAUAAUCGACAAAAAGGCCAAGGCCCAAGUUCAAGCGGAGCUUAUAUGCGGAUUGGGCCUGAUAUUGGGCCAAACAUUGGGCUUCAUGAGGCUUACAUUUUGGGAGUUAAGUUGGGAUGUAAUGGAGCCCAUUUGCUUCUUCGUUACAUCUCUUCACUUUGCACUCGGCUAUGGCUUCUUCCUCUCAACCUCCACAGAGCCCACUUUCGAGGGCUUCUUCCGACGUCGUUUCAGAGCCAAACAGAAGAAACUCAUGGCUUCUCAUAACUUCGAUAUCAACAUUUACAAUGAACUUAGAAGAAUUUGCUAUCCAAAUCAUAGAGCAGCUUCACCCCAUGAAGAAGGGGCUUUGUUUUCUGCUCCUCACACUUUAUCAUAAUCUUUUAUUGUUCUAAUCAUUCCAAUAUUUUCACUUCAAUUCUGAAAAUUUGGGAAUUUAGGAUUCAGUUUUUACAUUUUUUUUCCUUUUUUGGUGUUGUAAUUUAAAACGGUUUUGGACUUAAUACAACAAGUGAAUAUUGAAAAAGGGAAAAA